GCAAAAGAGAUAGCAUUAGGGGGAGAGAGAAAAUAGGUUUAUUGAGGAGAAUAGGAGCGAGAAGCGUAACAAAAAGGUAGUAGAGGAGAAACGGUAAACAAACAUUGAGACGAGGAAUGACUUGAGCAGCUGCAAUAAAAAGAGGGUAACUUUCUUCUUCUUCUUUCUCUCCCCAGAGAAUUCAAUUAAUCCAAACAUGUUCUUUUGAGGUUUUGGUCCCGGAUCAGCCAUGUUUCUUUUCAUAUUUCUCUCAACCCUCGUUUUAAUCGCGGUUCGAGCGAAGAAGCUAUGGAUAGCAAUCGAAGACUGGUUCCACGUGUACCAGUUCUUCAAAGUCCCAGAACUCAACGAAACCACGCAGCAUAACCACCUCUACAGGAAGGUCUCCCUCUACUUACAUUCCCUACCUUCCAUCGAAGACUCUGUCUUCGCCAACCUCAUCACUGGCAAGAAGCAAAACGACAUCGUCCUCUGCCUCGGCCCCAACCAAACCAUCCAAGACCACUUUCUCGGAGCCACACUCUUCUGGUUCAACCAAACCGGAACCUUUGUUCUCAAGAUCAGAAAGGUUGACAAGCGCCGAAUCCUCCGUCCUUACCUUCAGCACAUUCACGCCGUCGCCGACGAAAUCGACCAGCAAGGGAAGCGCGACUUGCGCCUCUUCAUUAACAGCGCCCACGACUUCGGACGCUGGAGAUCCGUUCCGUUUACGCAUCCUUCCACGUUCGACACCAUCGCCAUGGAACCGGAUCUCAAAACCAAGGUCAAGUCCGAUCUCGAAUCUUUCCUCAGAGCCAAGCAGUACUACCACCGCCUCGGCCGCGUCUGGAAACGGAGCUUCCUCCUCUACGGUCCCUCCGGCACCGGAAAAUCGAGCUUCGUCGCCGCCAUGGCCAAUUUCCUCUCUUACGACGUCUACGAGAUCGACCUCUGCAAAAUCCCUAACGAUUCGGAUCUGAAAUCGCUCCUCCUCCAAUCGACGCCGAAGUCGGUGGUGGUGAUCGAGGAUCUGGACCGGUUCCUCGCGGACAAAACGGCGAGAAUAAGCGCGUCGGGAAUACUGAACUUCAUGGACGGGCUUUUAACCUCGUGUUGCGCCGAAGAGAGGGUUAUGGUGUUCACGAUGAACACGAAGGAGCAUGUUGACCCGAACCUGCUUCGUCCGGGUCGGGUCGACGUGCAUAUUCAUUUUCCGCUUUGUGAUUUUUCGGCGUUUAAAACGCUUGCGAGUAGUUACCUUGGCGUGAAGGAGCAUAAGUUGUUUCCUCAGGUGCAGGAGAUUUUUCAAAACGGGGCGAGUUUGAGUCCCGCUGAAAUCGGUGAGUUGAUGAUCGCGAACCGGAACUCGCCGAGUCGUGCUAUUAAAUCGGUCAUCACCGCCUUGCAAACGGACGGUGAUGGGAGGGGGUGCGGCUUGAUCGGACGGCAGACGGAUGAUGAUGAAAUGGAUGAACCUGAUGGGGUUGUGUGCGGUGAGGGUCUCCAUACGGUUAAGGAUUUGCGGAAACUGUACGAUUUUUUCAGGUUCAGGGUUACUAGAAGAUCUUCGUCGUCCAAUGCUUCCUUGCCCGCAAGCCCAUUGCGAUAAUUAGUUACAGCAUUGGAAAAGAAUAAGCAAUGUUCUCGAUUGCACUUCAUUCCCUUUCAAAAGAAGGCAAUUUGGGGGCAAGCUUCUUUUUUGUUCAUAGCCGAAUUAGUCACAACAUUUAUUCAUUGGAUGCAACAUUGGGACUCUUGGAAAGUGUUGGCAAUUGUCGUUUUUGCAUGGGAUUUUGGGUGUACAUCUUUAGAAAUAGAUUCAUAAAUUGCAUAUAGGAAAACAAUUUGCAUUGGCAAAACAAAAUUAUCUAGAGUUUGUUUCUCUAUUUUGGUGAAUUGUGAAUCCACUUUCAUGUA